CUGGACAUAAUUCUGAAGAUCACCCAGAAAGAGAGACCAAUGUCAUCUCUACCUGUGCCAUACAAACUUCCUGUGUCCUUGUCUAUUGGUUCCUGUGUGAUAAUCAAAGGAACACCGAUCCUCUCUUUUAUCAAUGACCCACAGCUGCAGGUGGAUUUCCACACUGGAAUGGAUGAGGACUCAGAAAUUGCCUUCCAUUUCCGAGUGCAUUUUGGCCAUCGCAUGGUCAUGAACAGUCGUGAGUUUGGGAUAUGGAAGUUGGAAGAGAAAUCGUACUUCGUGCCCUUUGUGGAUGGCGAACCAUUUGAGCUGCGCAUCUACGUGCGUCACAGUGAGUACGAGGUAAAGGUAAAUGGCCAACGCAUUUACAGCUUUGUCCAUCGACUCCCGCCAUCAUUUGUGAAGAUGAUGCAAGUGUGCAGAGAUAUCUUCCUCACCUCAGUGUGUGUCUGCAAUUGAGAGAGAUGACCACAUUCCUCACUGUUGAGGAAUCCUUUUCUACCUGACCAUGGGAUUCCUAGAGCCUGCUAACAGAAUAACCCCUCUUUAUCCCUUCCCUCACACUUGGUUAUUAAAAAAGCACCAAACCUCACA